CGUUACCGACGCGAGUCGCUGGCCCGAAAACCGGUUGGGAAGACAUGAACAUGUACGAGGCUUCCACCCCGGGAAUACCUGGCUGUCCGCCUGGAUUGGAAUACCUAACUCAGGUGGACCAGCUGCUCAUCAAACAGAAGGUGGAGCUGGUGGAAGCGCUCGUCGGGUUCGAGAGCAACAACAAGUACGAGGUGCGCAACUCCCUGGGCCAGAACGUGUUCUACGCCGUGGAGGAGAACGACUGCCUGAGCCGGCAGUGCUGCGGUCCCAUGCGCCCUUUCUCCAUCCACGUGCUGGACAACUUCGGACACGAGAUCAUCACCGUCACCCGCCCGCUAAAGUGCAUGUCCUGCUUCUUCCCGUGCUGUCUGCAAGAGUUGGAGGUUCAGGCCCCGCCGGGCAACACGGUGGGCUACGUGGUGCAGCAGUGGCACCCCUUCUCCCCGAAAUUCAUCGUCGCCAAUGAACACGCGGAGCCCGUCCUCAAGAUCCACGGGCCCUUCUGCGGGUGGAGCUGCCUCCCGGAUGUGGACUUCGAGAUCCUGACCAUGGAUGAGGUCAGCAAGAUCGGGAAAAUCAGCAAGCAGUGGACGGGCCUCCUUCGGGAAGUCUUCACCGAUUCCGACAACUUCGGAAUCCAGUUUCCGAUGGACCUGGACGUGAGGAUGAAGGCCGUCAUGAUGGGGGCGUGUUUUCUCAUUGAUUUCAUGUUUUUCGAGACGACCAACUGAGGAGGUUCGGCGAAAAAAAAAAACGCUAUCACGCGACGCCGCCGGAAGGAAUGAGGCCCGGCGAGUCCCGCGACGCGAGCCGCCCCCCUCCCACCACGAUGCCAUCAUCCGUCACGACUGUCCUCCCAACAAAUUGCGUCGGGAAAAGAACGUUUCAAGUCCUGCGAAAGUACGCCAUGAAGAUGCGUGGUACUAUUUUUUUUUUUUUUUACUUUUUUUGGGACUUGUGUUUACAAACUUCACUCACGAUGAAAAUAACUGAUUCUUUUUUUUGUUAAUGCUAUAUUAACACUGCCUUGCUUUAUGUGGCAUGGUCCUAUUGCUACAUAUGUUAAUACAAGUAGCAAACUACAUUUUUUUUCCAAUAUCAAAAGGAGUUAACGAGUGUGUCGUUUGUGAUUCCGGUAUUUCAUUUUUUUUAACGGCGUGUUUUGGAACUGCUUUAUAUUUGUGUGCUUUAAGGUUAACUGUCAUUUAAAUACCAGCGAUUGGAAACGGGCGACACGGUGGCCUCACAGUUCCGAGGUCACGGGUUCGAACCCUGCGUGGGUUUUCUCCGGGCACUCCGGUUUCCUCCCGCAUCCCAAAAACAUGAAACAUUAAUUGGACACUCUAAAUUGCCCAUAGGUGUGAUUGUGGCUGUUUGUCUCGAUGCGCCCUGCGAUUGGCUGGCGACCAGUUCAGGGUGCACCCCGCCUCCCACCCCGUUGACAGCUGGGAUAGGCUCCGGCACUCCCCGCGACCCUCGUGAGGAUAAGCGGCGAAGAACAUGGAUGGAUUGCGCAUUAGGCACAAUGGAAUAAGAUCCAAAAAUUGAUCUGCAUUAAAAAAAAAAAAAAAAAUACAAAAGUAUUUUUUAAAAAUCCCUGACACCCUUGUGAGGAUAAUAGGAAGAGAAAAUGGAUGGAUGGAAUUUAAAAAAUUAUUUAACAAAUAAAAUACUCUCAAUAUCUACUUCCAUUGGAAUUGGAUUGGAAACAAACAAAAUAUUCAGGAUUUAAAGCGCAUGUUCCAAACUCGUCCACUUGAGGUCGCUAGAUUUUCAUGCAAGGCACAUCCGCAAUGACCUCCAAAUUAGCUUUUGUGUUUUGUUUUUAUUGAAAUAUGUUUUUCGGACAAAACUCAGGUUCCAAAUGCAUGCUACUUGAAUUGAGUGUCAGUGAUUGCUCCGUCACUUGCAACUGACUCGGGAUUGUACACAAAAAAAAAAUUAAAAAUGAACAUUUUGUUUUCUUCUGUUAUAUUUUUUAUGUUGUUGCAAUUUGGUUCAAUGUAUAGUACACACGUUGUAGCAAGAACGAUUCAAGCAUAAGUUACAAAUGUAUUUACUGAUAUUUUUAGUAUUUUUAUUUAUUUAUUUGUUGGAGGUUGUUGAUAUUUUUGUUUGCCUUAGUUGGGGGGG